CCCGCCGCCCUGUGCUGGCUCAGCCACCGACCUCCGGAGAGGGGUCUCCCAGGUCCAGGGCGCCAGUGGUCUGAGGCUCUCCAGACGCCUGGGAUCCCCCUGUCUGGAAGCUCUGAAGAGGAGCUCUGCGUCCUGGGGGCGGCUGCACCCACUUCACGGAGUGGUCGCCCUGGGGCCCAGCCUGCACGUGACCACCCCGUCCCAAGUGGCCCAGGAGAGGCCUGGGGAACCCAGAUUCUCAUCACGGGGGGCAUUGUGGCCACCGCCGGCCAGUUCACACAGUGGUACUUCGGCGUGUACUCCAUCGCGGCAGGCCUGUUUGUGUCCCUGCUGGAGUACCCCCGGGGGAAGCGGAAGAAGGGCUCCACCAUGGAGAGAUGUGGACAGAAGUUUAUGACGAAAGUGGUGAAGAUGUUCGGGCCCCUCUCCAGGAAUUACUACAUCCGGGCCUUCCUGCACCUCGGGCUGUCGGUUCCUGCUGGUUUCCUGCUUGCCACCAUCCUGGGGACAGCCUGCUUGGCCAUUGCGAGCAGCAUCUAUCUGCUGCCCCUCCGUGUCCCACAGGCGGCUGUCCACGGGGAGCAGUGGAUCCCGAUUGAAUCCAAGCCGAAGGAGAGGCCGCCAGCGGGGGGCGCCAUCCAGCAGCCGCCCACCAACCCCCCACCCCGGCCCCCUGCCGAGGCCCGAAAGAAGCCCAGCGGGGAGGAGGAGGGAGCAGCGGCGGGGGUCCCCGGCGGCCCCCAGGAAAAUCCCAUCCCCGUGACCGAUGAGGUCGUGUGACCGCGCCUGGAGGCGUCCUGUGCCCGUGCCCCCCAGUGGACCCGCAGAAGCUGUGCGUGGCUAUUCCUGGGCACCCAGACCCAAAGGAGCCCACGCGCAGCCGCCCAGCCCGCGCCCACCCUCAGCAGCCACGUCUCUGGUUCCCAGGGGCGCCCUUCCCUUCCCUGAAACACGGCGGCUGGAAUUCCAA